GUUCGGGAUGACUGUUCUAUAAACUCCAAGUGCACUAAACACUCCCGAUGCGUUCGGGUAUGGUCAUUUUAUGCUAAAAGAGUAACUCCAUUUGCGUUCGGCUAGGACGCGUGGGAGUCAAAAGAGCUGACUCCGAAAGCACCACCUUUUCAAUAGCAAGCGCCAGAGCGGGCAUGCGCAGUGUUUUUGUUUUCGUGAUAUCUAACCCCAAACCGGCCAAAGGAAACCCCAUUUUUCAUUUUUUUAUAUACGUUUUUCGACUACACUUGUCUAGUUUGGAUGUUUUGAAAUUUCGAACUAUUUGAACCAGAAGCGCUUAUUUUUGUAAUUAGCCAGGCUAUUGGAAAGUUUUUUAAACGCAUCGGCAGUAGCAAGAAUGGCCAUGGACAUAUCUGAAAAAACCUAUGUGGUUGUAGUUGACGAAGAAGGAAGACCAAUAAUUACAGCAGAAAACAAUAUUUUACUCUGUGAUAAGGCUACCCAGGGACUUUCAUCAAUACCAUUUACCGUAAACAUAGCAAAUGAAUUUGGAAUUGCCUAUCCACUGCAAAAGCCAUGUGAACAGCAAGAAAACGAACCUUCAACUUCAAGUGCUGCUGAAACCCCAAUCACUGAAACCAAUGAAGAAAAUUCCAAGAUUUGGAACACAGAAAAUACAUUAUAUCUGAUCGACACGGUUCAAAAAUUUGACAAGCAAUUUUCAUCUGGAGUCAAAAAAAAUGUUUGGCUCAAAGUAGCAGAAUGCUGUAAGCAUCUGCACAAAACUUUAAAUGCAAAACAUUGUGAGACAAAGUGGAAAUCCCUAAUCCGCACUUAUAAAAAUAUUUUAUUGAGCAAUAAUACCUCUGGACAAAAAAAGAGGUAUUGGGAGUUCUUUGAUGUAAUGCAUGCUAUAAUGUUCAAGAAACCUGAAAUUACACCUGUUGCUACCUGUAGUAGCUUACGUGGACUACGUGUUCCCGAUCCUGAAGAGAAAAGCAAACAAAAUGAAAGUAAAAACCAAAUUAAUGUAGAGGAAAACAACGAAAUUGACAACAGCAAAAGUGAAAUUGAUGAGGAAAGUGGAAAAGAGAAUUUUGAAAGCGAAUUUUCAAAGAAACGAAAGCGAAAAAAUUCAGAAGUUGAAAAAAGACACAGAGACAAGAUGCAGAGAUUGGAUAGAUUUAAUGAAUUAUUUGAAAAAAUGAUCGAUAAGCUCCCUGAAAAAUAA